AUGCUGUUCGACCCAAAUAACAGGGCCUUCGAGCUAUCCUGGGCGCUGAAGGGCCCAGCAGUUGCAGCGCUUCUUCUUCUCACGUACCUCUUGGGCUACUGCAUCUAUCAGCUUUUCUUCAGUCCACUGAGAAAGCUCCCAGGUCCCAAGUUCUGGGCAGUUUCCUACAUCCCGUACGUCCGCAUGUUCGUCUCAGGCCACGCUCAUCGCGAUAUCCUAAGACUUCAUCGACAAUAUGGGCCGAUUGUACGGGUCGGGCCUACACACAUUUCCAUAAACCACCCCGAUGGCAUGCAAGAGGUCCGAGGCCACCGAAAGACAGGCGAAAACCCCAAGGACUUCAUCAACGCCAGGCCCAACAGAGAUAACAUUAUUGGCUCCAAUCGCUCAGAUCACCAACGCUUCCGCCGCGCGCUAGCCCAUGGAUUUUCAGCCCAGUCGAUGCUGGCACAGCAGCCUAUUCUCAAGAAAUACGUAUAUCAACUGUUUGAAAAGCUACAUGAAGCAUCAAAGGACGGUAUGCAAGCUAUCGAUGUUGAAAGGUGGUUCAAUUACACUACUUUCGACGUUAUCGGUGAUUUAUCCUUCGGUGAGCCAUUCGGAUGCUUAGAGAACGAGACGUACCACCCUUGGGUGGAUAUCAUCUUUCAGAGCAUCAAGAAUAUAGCGUUCUUGAAUAGCAGCAGGCGACUGUCGUGGGUCGGGCCAUUACUCAUGAUGACCAUCCCACGGAGCUUGGCUAGCAAGUUCGCCCAGAACAAGGAGUUAUCCCGGGAGAAGGUUCGGAAGAGGCUUGAUCUUGGCACUAGCCGUCCCGAUUUCAUCGACGCCAUGAUCAGGAAGUCAGAAUCCGCUGGCUCAACGAUGUCUUUUGAAGAACUCACAUCGAACGCGUUCGUCCUCAUCGUCGCCGGCUCGGAGACCACAGCCACAUUACUGACCGCGGCGACCUAUUUCCUGGCAACCAACGCGGGGCCUUUGGCGAAACUCACCGAAGAAGUCAUGUCAGCCUUUCAGAGCGAGGACCAGAUAGAUAUGUUGAGCGUCCAGAAUCUCACUUAUCUUUCUGCUGUGUUGGAUGAAAGUAUGAGACUGUACCCUCCCGUGCCCAGCCCGAGCCCCCGGAUGAUUGGCGAAGGAGGCGACACGAUUCUCAGACAUUACAUCCCAGAAGGAACGACCGUUGAUAUGUGGCAGUGGGCCAUCUAUCACAACCCCGCGCAUUUCGCGAGAACCGAGGAGUUCAUUCCCGAACGGUGGCUGCGUGAUCCCGAAUUCGACGGUGAUGCGAAGGCAGCUCUUCAGCCGUUCUCGGUUGGCCCUCGCAACUGCAUUGGCAAGAAUCUCGCCAACGCCGAAAUGCGAUUGAUUCUCGCCAGGUUGAUUUGGAACUUUGAGAUUCGCGCCACGCAGGACAUCGGCAAAUGGUACGAUGAGAGCGAGGUGUAUAUUCUGUGGCAGAAGGGGCCGAUGAAUGUUUACCUGAUCCCUCGACGUUGA